UUCCGCUUUGAACGAACGAUGUCGCCGCGAAGGGAUAAGCGAGACUUAAGCUAUUGGCUCAAGCAAGCGGCCACUUUGCCCGAUUGCGUGCCGCCGGAGCAGCAGGAAGAGGAGCGGAAGAAGCUGCAUCAUCCCGCCUCAAUCCUAUGGUCGCCGCAAAUGCAGAAAAAGAACGAAAACAGUUUUCGCGAAUACCUGGGCUUUGCGGCCAGGUGUUACCGUAUCGAGGAGGAGCAGGCCCUGUUCAUCCUGCGACGUCAGGGCUUCGAUAUACCCUUGGCCCGUCGACGUCUGGAGCGGAUUGAGACCGCUCGUGGAUGUCGCUAUCAUCGCUGGAAGGCCCAGGAUCUCAUUCGACUUUCGAAGGCCUUCGAAAAAUACGGCACCAACUUCGAGAAGAUCCAUAAGCAGUUGCCCCACCUCCCGAAGGCCGAGGUCCGUCUGUAUUUUUACUACAUGUACCCGGAGGUUUAGGAUCCCGGUUAAAGUCAGAUGGAUACUUUAGCUUGAUUUCAACAACUUAGAAUGCCUCGAAUGUUAUUUGUUGUUAAAGAACUGGCAUAAACAUUUAUAUUAAACGAGUAAUAAGUAAGAUCGCCUGAAUCCAAAAUAUUGUAAUCCUCCAUUGAUAAAUCGAAUUUGUCCUCUGAGAAUUCACAAGUAUACCUCAAGCAUGGUUAUUAUAAUAUGAACUACAUUUAAACCAAUAAACCCCUGCAUGAACAUCUUAAAAACUUGUUAAUUUAGUUUAAGAAUUGUUGUAAUUGAAAAGUCGAAGCAUUGGAUGAACU